ACAAAAACAUAGACAAUGUUAGCUCAGCUUGUUUUUGUUUAAGUUUAACUAAACUAAUUUGCUGACAAAAACAAAAAAAAUAUAAACCAAAAGAUGAAAAAGAAAACAAACCCAAUAAAUCUUAUAAAUAUUGUGAUUAAAAAAAAAGUACAGGCUGUAAGGGAACCGAAACCCAACCCCACUUCUAUUAUUAUUCUUAUUAUUAUAAUAAUAAUAACUAUUAUUGUUAUGAAAGUGAAAGAGAAGAAAGAAGAGUAGUAGUAGAAGAAGAAGAAGAAACAGAGUUAACAGACCCUUGUCCUAAAAUAAAAGUGAUAUUUGCUACAAAUUUACAUAAACCAAUAAACUGCAAAUUUAAAAUAAAUUAAAAGGAAAGGAAAAAAGAAAAGCUUACAUUAAAGCAAGAAAAAAUAAAAAUAAAAAAUAAAAAAGAAGAGAGGUUGGGUUUUCUUUUCUUGCAGCCUCUGCUAAGCAUCUUUUUCUUUUCUUCACUUUUUCCUUCUCUAAAAACUUGUUCUUUUCCAUUAUAAUUAUUAUUAUUAUUAUUAUAUUUCACUACUCAUUCCUUCCUUCUUCUUGGAAUUUCUUUUUUUUUUUUUACUGGCUCUGGCUUUGCUACCUCACCUAUAAUUUGCUUCUUGUUUUGUUAAACUUUGAUGGGUUUUAAUUCUCUUCUUCCUCUUCUUCUUCUUCUUCCUCUCUGCCAUUGUUUGUUUAAUCAGAAAAAGUUUGGUUGCUUUUUGUUUUAGCGUCCAAGCUUAAAUUUUUAUUAGAAUUCAGUUGGAAAAAUUUGUUUUUGCUGGUAUUCUUGUUCUGAUCUCAGCUGUGUUUGGCUUUGUUUGAUCCUUCAAAAUUUAGAAUUUUCUAUCACCAUAUAAUAAUCUUCAAGUUUUUUUUCUUUCACUUUCACUUUUGCUGUUUCUCCCUUUAUGGUCUGAAUUCAUCUACUUUUUCUUUUCCCCCCUUCUUCUGAUCUUCAUUUUUUAUCUUUGUAAUUGUUGAAAUUCCUAUCUGGGUUUUUUGAUCCCAUGGGACUCUGUCAUGGAAAACCCAUUGAAAAUCGCCAAACUCAAUCUGAAACCUCAAUAGUUCACGAUGGAAAUGAGGCUGCGUCUAAUUCUCAGACCAGAAAGUCCUCCAAUUUUCCCUUUUACAGCCCAAGUCCUCUUCCCAGUCUCUUUAAGAACUCUCCGGCCAACUCAAGCGUUAGCUCCACUCCUUUGAGGAUCUUCAAGCGGCCAUUUCCGCCACCGUCUCCGGCGAAGCACAUUCGCGCCCUUUUAGCCCGCCGCCAUGGCUCGAUCAAGCCCAACGAGGCCUCAAUCCCAGAAGGGAGUGAGUGUGAGGUUGGAUUGGAUAAAAAUUUUGGCUUCUCAAAGCAUUUUGUAACCAAUUAUGAGAUUGGGGAAGAAGUGGGACGAGGGCAUUUUGGGUAUACUUGCUCAGCUCAAGCAAAGAAAGGGAGUAUGAAGGGCCAAGAUGUGGCUGUUAAAGUUAUUCCAAAAUCAAAGAUGACGACAGCAAUUGCCAUAGAGGAUGUAAGGAGAGAAGUGAAGAUACUUCGUGCUCUGUCGGGACAUAAGAACUUAGUGCAAUUCUACGAUUCCUACGAAGAUGAUGAAAAUGUUUAUGUAGUGAUGGAGCUGUGUAAAGGAGGUGAACUGCUGGAUCGAAUACUCUCAAGGGGUGGAAAGUAUUCCGAAGAAGAUGCAAAGGCAGUUAUGGUGCAGAUUUUAAGUGUUGUUGCUUUCUGUCAUCUUCAAGGUGUUGUUCAUCGGGACCUCAAGCCAGAGAAUUUUCUUUUUGUAACAAAGGACGAGAAUUCCACGUUGAAGGCAAUUGAUUUUGGACUCUCUGACUAUGUAAAGCCAGAUGAGAGAUUAAACGAUAUUGUUGGAAGCGCAUAUUAUGUAGCUCCUGAAGUUCUACAUAGGUCAUACGGCACAGAAGCAGACAUGUGGAGUAUUGGUGUAAUUGCCUACAUCCUUUUAUGUGGAAGUCGACCCUUUUGGGCCCGGACUGAAUCUGGCAUCUUCCGAACUGUCCUUAAGGCAGAUCCCAGCUUUGAUGAAGCUCCAUGGCCGACAUUGUCUUCUGAUGCAAGAGAUUUUGUAAAGAGAUUGUUGAACAAGGAUUACCGGAAGAGGCUAACGGCUGCUCAAGCUCUAAGUCAUCCAUGGUUAGCUGAUUGUCAAGAUCUAAAGGUGCCAACAGACAUGAUAGUUUUGAAGAUGGUAAAAGCUUAUAUAUGCUCUUCUUCUCUGCGGAAAUCAGCAUUAGGGGCUCUUUCAAAGACAUUGUCAGUAUCUCAUACAGCUUAUUUGAGGGACCAAUUUAUGCUUUUAGGGCCAAACAAAAGUGGAUUCAUCUCUAUGCAGAACUUUAAGACAGGUUUACUAAAGUGCUCCACUGAUGCCAUGAAGGAUUCACGGUCCACAGAUUACAUUCACAUGAUUAGCUCCAUUCAAUAUAGAAAAUUAGAUUUUGAAGAAUUCUGUGCUGCUUCCAUAAGUGUACAUCAGCUGGAAGGAAUGGAAACGUGGGAGCAACAUGCAAGGCGAGCCUAUGAACUAUUUGAGAAAGAUGGAAACAGACCAAUUAUGAUUGAAGAACUCGCAUCGGAACUUGGACUUAGUCCAUCAGUACCCGUUCACGUAGUUCUCCAAGACUGGAUUAAACAUUCGGACGGGAAGCUUAGCUUUCUUGGUUUUGUCAGACUUUUACACGGGGUUUCUUCCCGCUCAUUCCAGAAAGCUUAAUACUAUUUUGGGUACCAAGUGUAAUCUCUUAUUUUCCACACUUUCAACCUCAUUGGCCCAAAAUGUGUCAAACAGAACAAAAGCAGUGUCUAUUUGAAAACUUCUUCGGCAGCAAAUGACCCAGCAAUUUUCCUGGCCCAAUGAAUGAUUCUGCAAAGCAAGAAGUUCUUGCUGCAAAUAUGGCAAUUGUUGCUGAUGAGUCCAUUUAGCAUGUCCUCAAGUCAGUGUUUUUCCUCGUUUUUUAGUUUCUAUUUUCUGAAACUUACAUAAGGGUUUGCCUCCUGAUUGGUGCUGUUCAAGUUUAGAGGAUUGUACAGAUGAGAAUUGUAGAUUAAAAAUGUAUUUAGGAUUAAGCAAACUGCUUUUUUAAAUUCUAGUAAAUUUCGGGUUCAUCCCCAUCUUAUCAUA